AUGAGAUGCAUCGUGAAACAUCAUUUUCAGCUCAAUCGUAUUCUUCUACUCGCAAUUGGUUUAUGGCCUUAUCAGCAAUCAUUACUCGUUAAAUUUCAGCGAAUUUUGUUUACUGGUAUUCUAAUAAGUUCUGUUAUAUUUCAGUUGACAGUAUUUUUAACUUCAGAUUGUACACUUGAUUUUGUUAUCAAAAUUCUCUCUUUCGUAUUAUUUUUUAUGAUAUUUAUGAUUAAAUACAACUCGUUUUGGAUAAACUCUCAAGCAAUGAGAAAUUUAAUGGAGCAACUUCAAAAUAUUUAUAAUGAGUUAAAAGAUGAGAAUGAAUUUAAUAUCAUGAAAAAAUAUGGGAACAACGCAAAACAUUAUACAGCUAGAAUAAUAGGGGUUUUAAUGUGCAGUAUACUUAUUGCCUUUUUUGUCCCAAUAUGGUCAAGUAUUCUCGAUAUUGUUCUUCCAAUGAAUGAAUCUCGAUCACGUUCUGUACUAUUACUGAUGACCGAAUACUUUGUCGAUCAAGAAAAGUAUUUUUAUUUAAUUUUCCUGCACAUGUACACAGCCAUGUUUAUAGGAGGAAUUGUAAUUAUAGGAACAGGAACAAUGCUCAUAGCAUACCUCAAACAUGCUUGUGGAAUAUUUACAAUCGCCAGUUAUCGUAUCGAGCAAGCAAUGACAGUUAAUAAUUUACAAAAUGGCUUGCAGAAUAAAAUUGUAAUUCAUAAGGGAAUAAUUUGUGCCGUGGAUGCUCAUUGCAAAGCUAUAGAGUUUUCCAAAUCUUUAAUAUCUAGUCUUGAGGGAUUAUUCUUUCUUUUAAUAGGAUUUAAUGUAAUUUGCUUGAGUCUCAAUCUUUUUGAAAUGUAUCAAAUUUUAAUAUAUGGAGAUGCUAAAGAAGAAUUUUUAAUUCACUUUGUAAUUGUAAUCGUAAUUCUUUUAUACAUGUUCUUAGCUAAUUAUGCUGGACAAGAAAUUAUAGAUCACAAUAAUCACAUAUUUUAUACCGCAUACAACGUUCACUGGUAUGCAGCACCGUUGCACAUACAGAAGCUGAUAUUAUUUAUAUUACAAAGGGGAACCAAAGUUGUUAGUCUAAAUGUGGGUGGACUGUUCGCAGCAUCCUUAAACUGCUUUGCCACGUUAGCGACUGCAUCGGUAUCUUACUUUACCUUUAUAUAUUCCACACAACAACAAUGAAUAUAAAAAUACAUAUAUA